GAGCCUGUGCAGAUGUUCUGUUCUCAGACAAUUAGGUCCCAGUUGACAGCAUGGAAGCAGGUCUUGCAGUAGAACGAGAUUCAUCUGUUGAAAUGUCAAGGACAGGAGCAGGAUUGUCAGUGCUUGACUCGAACUGUACAUAGGAAAGCUUGUGUUGCGGAAGAUCCGGCAGCAUAGUUCAGGACCGCUGUGACGAAGGUUGAUAAAGUGCAUGGGAGAGAAGGGCAGAUGGCUUAUAGGAAAGGAGCAGAAUAAAGGACAGGAAGAUGCCGAGUUUAAAGGCUCUACAUUCUCACCGUGCAUCGUCCCCUUCCCACUUGUUUGUGGCCGACGGUCGCGCUGCUGUUUGGUCUCGCUCCAACACCGAUGAUGUUAGCCUUUCUCAGCUGCACAAGUUUUGGAGCGGUCUUUCUUCAACAGCACGUCGCGAGUUGCUGCGAAUCGACAAGCAGGCUCUCUUUGAGCAAGUUCGAAAAAAUCUGUACUGCUCACGGUGCCAUGGACUCCUUGUGGAAGGAUACGCACAGAUUGUUUCUUAUGGAAAAAAUCUACAAGCAGGUCUUCUUGGCUAUGGAAAUGGUUCAGUUGCAUGCAAUAAGCACCUGUCUGAGGUCGGUGCAGUCGGAGCAAACCCAAGUUUGCAGGAUGAUACAAGGGACCCCUCAGUUCAUCCUUGGGGUGGGCUAGCUGCCACCCGGGACAGUAUGCUCACAGUAUUGGACUGCUUCUUGGAUGGGACACCACUUGAGGUGCUCCAAAAUGUAUUUGAAAGUGCACGAGCAAGGGAGCGCGAACGAGAAUUGCUCUACCCUGAUGCCUGUGGAGGAGGAGGAAGAGGUUGGAUAAGUCAGAGCACAGGUGGUUUUGGAGGAAAUGGAAGAGGUCAUGGAAUGAAGGAAACUUGUGCUCUUCACACUGCACGACUUUCAUGCGAGGCUUUAGUGGAUUUCUGGUCUGCUUUGGGUGAGGAAACCAGACGAUCACUCCUACGAAUGAAAGAGGAGGAUUUCAUUGAGAGACUCAUGUUCAGUGCCUGUGUUCGCUACAGGUUUGACAGCAAGAGAUUCUGUAGAGAUUGCCGUCGAAACGUGUUGCGUGAGUUCAAAGAGAUGAAGGAGCUAAAGCGAUCUCGGAAAGAGCCCCGGUGUACAAGGUGGUUCUGUGCAGCCGACACAUCUUUCCGAUAUGAGGUUUCAGACAGUGUGGUGCAAGUAGAUUGGCGGGAUUGCUUCGCAGGAGAGGUUGGGAGUGUUUACCAACGUUUUGAGUGGGCCCUAGGCACUUCUGAGGGGAAGGCAGAUAUCUUGGGAUUUGAAGACGUAGGCCUCUCUGAGAGUAUCCAGGUAGAAGGGUUAGAUCUAGGCAACACUGCAGCUUGUUUCAUCACAAUCAGAGGCUGGAAACGUGAUGGGCGGUGUAGUGAACUGUCUGCAAAAGCUCAUGCUCUUAAAGGACAAUCCUGUGUUCAUCGUAGGCUGAUUGUCGGUGACGGUUAUGUCUCGAUCACCAAAGGGGAGAGCAUUCAACGAUUUUUUGAACGUGCUGAAGAGACUGAGGAGGAAGAGGACGAUGAUUCCAUGGACAAAGAUGGCAAUGAGUUAGAUGGUGAAGGAUCUCGACCACAGAAGCAUGCCAAAAGUCCCGAGCUUGCACGAGAUUUCCUUCUGGACGCUGCCACAGUCAUCUUUAAAGAGCAGGUGGAGAAAGCAUUUAGAGAGGGUACUGCAAGGCAGAAUGCACACAGUAUUUUCGUAUGUCUUGCUCUGAGCUUGCUCGAGGAGCGUGUGCGAGUAGCGUGCAAAGAAAUCACCACUCUGGAAAAACAGAAUAAGCUAUUGGAAGAAGAAGAAGAUGAGAAGCGCGAAGAGGAAGAAAGGAGGGAAAGGAGAAAAUUGAAAGAGAAGGAGAAGAAACUUAGAAGAAAGGAGAAAUUAAAAGGUAAAGAGCGCGAAAAGGAGAAAGGCAAGGUUGAAACCAAAACUUCAAAGGUUGCUCCCAAUGGUUGUGUGGGUGGUGUCUCUGCUGGAAAUGAGGAGCCGGAAGAUGGUUCAGGCGACCAAGAGGAUGGAAACCCCGGACGAGACAUGGACAGCAUAUCUGCGAGACCAUCUUCUCCCGAUAUGGCAGAGGCAAGACCGUCAGCCGAAGGUCUCGAAUAUGACAGUGGGCUUGGAAACGGCCACGAUUCUUCGUCUUGUGCCCACGAUAUUGAAGAUACAUUGAGCAUGAGAGACGGGAACGGAGCUUUCAUUGUGGAGCGGACGAAGUCUUCGAAACGAAGGUCACAAAUUCGACAACUUCCUGACGGGAACAUGAAUGGACUGACUAGGAGAAUUCCCGAAAGUAAUGGGGUUGUGCGCAACCCUGCCAGGGUGGCACCAGCACCAAGCAUGGAUCCUAGUCUCCAAGAUAAGAUGACAAUGGGUCUACUAGUUAACGCCAAAAGUAAUGGUCACAGAAUAGAGGCAGAUUCCCUGCCGAAACGUAUGGAUGGAUGGCAUCGUGCUAAUGGCCAAGCUCAGCAUCGGCCGGAGGACUACCAGCAUUGCGCAUGUGGCGGACCUCAGACGAGUGUGCGUAUGAAGGGAGGCCAGCGAAAUAUCACUAGAAUAGCAAGCCGGGACUCUGUUUCUAGCAAGACGGUGGAGAGGGUAGAUCAAGGAGGAAUAAGGUGUUUGACAAGGAACGGGACUUAUGAGCUGGGUUACUCAUAUGACAGAAGCGACGGAGUUAAGGGGAAGGUUGUUCCUAUAUCGACAGCGAAGAGGAAAGGGGAACGGGAUCAAGAAAAAGCCGAAUCAGAAGCUGUGGAGACACCGAGGCAGGGUCAUACAAGGAGUGCAUCUGCCGGGGACCUGAGCGGCAGUGUGUUGAAUGUGGCGCAUGGGUUAAUGAACGGAAGUUUUGUGCACUCCGUUCAAGAUCAUGGUCCUCAGAGCAAGUCUGCCUGGGUUCCUGCUCCACCAGUCAUUCUAGGAGGCACCGUUUCUAGGAGUGCAUCGUUUGUGGAGCGCAAUUUCUCGCAGACGAAUAACAAGGGCAUCGCCUUGAGGACAGCAGGGAGGGUCAGACAGCCUGUUUUCCACGGGAAAACUCCUGUUGUUACAGCUUCGAACGAAGUGUCGCGGAUCGGAGCUGCCACUGAGCAGGGACAUGCACCAACGAGGAGUGCGGCCGCGUACGGAGGGCAUAGUGUGCCAACCCCCGGACUUCUCAGCGUCAACAGAGUGUCCAGCAAUGGUAAUUUAACGGCAAAGGUUCAAUCUAGUGCGGGCAAUGAUCCUCCAGGACAAGGAGUAGGAGUUCCAGCUGCAGACUUACCUGUGAUCCAUAGGGCAAAUGAACAACCACCCAUUGAGCUUCUAGAGCAGACUAAAGUCGGAAGUGUGAAAAGUGUCCCACAAGCUAACGGUGGUUUGGUGAUGGAGCCUGCAAAGUCCGUCGUAACACCUCUAGUCGUGGAUAGUCCUGGACUUCAACAUCCUGAAACUGUCGCGGUCUCUGUCAAUCCUUCCACGCCUGGCAUGGGAGCCCCAAGUCAUGGCACAGUCCCUGUUCAGGCCGUGCCUCUGAGCAAUGGCCCACGAAUCGGUCCAAAUGUCAUACCUUCGAAAGACAUGUUGCACUCACAAGGCUCGUUUGGGCCGAUACCAGUUCAAACUAUGCUACCAGCACCAAUGCAUCUACAUCCGCAACAAAGUUAUGGUUACUAUCAACAACAACAACAACAACAGCAAGGCUCGUGGGGGGCAUCCAGGUCGAGAAAUGGUGUGCUGCCGCUUCCUCAACCUGGAGGCUUCAUGAUCCCCCCACCCAAUGGGCUCGGCAUGUCGAUGGGGGGUCUACCACCCAUGUCCUUAGCGCAGGCCGGGCCCCCAGGCAUGGGGGUCGGACGCAUGCCCACUCUGCCCAAUGGGCUCAACACUCUGCAGCUUCGAGAUUCCAUUUUUCUGUCUAGAUUUGGCACUGGUCCGAAUGGUGGCAUGGACGGCAGAGUUGCUCCCGGCAGCCAAGUUCCGCUUCCUGCCGCUGCCUCUGCUGCUGCAGCUGCUCCUGCUUCCUCGGAACACGCAGAAGCGACGUCGUUGUCUGUGCAGGGCCAGGGCCAGGGUGGUCACGGUCUGGACGGUGGGCUUGUCGCACCGCCUCCACAAGCAGCAGCAGCAGGUGAAUCUGCCGCUGUCCACUCGACUACCAUUGCCAAAGAGGGCAUCAGCAGCAGCAGCAGCACGACGGCAGACUCCCCUCCGCCCGCUUCCUCCUCCUCGGCCUCCGACACGUCGGGCUUCUCGCUGUUCCACUUCGGGGGCCCGACGGCAGUGGCGCCAAAAGAAAUAGAUUCGCCGCCUCUGGUGCUUCCGAUGAAGGACAGUAAGGCGGUGUCGGACGCAUGCCUCGAAGGCCUGUCGGAUGCUCGACGCUGCGGCGGCCCUUCGGACGAGCUGACAGGUGCCAGCAAGGAGAUGUCGGCACCAGCCGUCGAGUACAGCCUGUUUGCCUCCCAAGGAAAGGGUCUAGGUCUAGUCUUCUUCUAACCUUAUUCAGAGUAUGAGUUGCCAAUGAUGAUGCGGGCGAUGUAGAUCUCCACGCCGUGGUCCGCGAGCCGCCGGGCGGGCGUGCGAUCCGACUCCCCCCCUCGAUGCCAGGACAUGAAAUGUCCUCCGUGGCAGUUACAAGUUAAUGGCCCCAUUAUCGUCAGAAAAGUUCACAAUUAUUCCCUGGAAUGCAGGUUUUACUACUCUAAGUACCACCUGGAGGCAUGUCUACCUCAGUAAACGUCGUAGGUGGACUUCAUUUGGGUUGGACAGGGGGCCUGUAUGAUGAUGAUUUUCUUCAUGUGUUUCCAAAUCAAUUCAUGUACUAGAUAUAUAUCCGAUUCAAGUCUUUUCAUUGAUU